AUGUAUAUGGAUGAUAUCAAGCUCUAUGCAGGUACUGAAAAUCAACUGAAGGAAAUGCUGGGUCUGGUUAGAACCUUUUCUGCUAAUAUCUGCAUGGCAUUUGGUCUGGAGAAGUGUAGGACACUCAGUGUUGUGAGAGGUCAAGUCGUGGCACAAAUGAUUGAUGAGGACCUGGAGAGUGCUUUUGCAGCGAUGGGGCCAAGUGAUGUCUACAAGUACUUGGGCUUUUGCCAGGCUAGACAAAUAGACCAGAAGAAUGUCAAGCGGAAAAUGAAAGAUACAUACCUGACCAGACUGAGGAGACUUUUGAAGACUCAGCUAAAUGGCAAUAAUAUGUUCAAGGCCAUCAACACUUAUGCAAUACCUGUGCUGACUUACUCAUUCGGUGUUGUUUGUUGGACUGCAACUGAUUUGGAAGAUCUUAUGAGAUCAACAAGAGUGCUCCUCACUAAGUUCAGAGCUCAUCACCCCAAGGCCUGUAUGGAGAGGCUCAUAUUGCCAAGAAAGAAAGGCGGGCGCGGGCUCAUUGAUAUAAAAUGGGCUUGUGAGAGACAAAUCGGAAGCAUGAAGACAUACUUCAUGGAGAAGGAGGGUGGCUUGUAUGAAGUGGUGAGAAAAGCUGAUAAAGGGUACACUCCACUUAAUCUUUCUGAGCUGCCUACUGCGGACUUUAAAACCAACAGACAGCAUGAGAGUGAGAUCCUGGAGCAAUGGAAGUCGAAGCAGCUUCAUGGAAGACAUGCAUUUGCCUUAUCUCAGCCUGGAGUUGAUGAGGAGGCUUCCAAUGCAUGGCUUUGGCACAGGGACCUGUUUAUUGAAACGGAAGGAUUCUUGGUGGCAAUUCAGGAUCAAGUAAUCGCAACAAAAAAUUAUCAAAGGCAUAUAAUGAAGCUGCCUAUAAAUGAUGAUUCAUGCAGACGUUGUGGCUUGGCAUCUGAGACUAUUCAGCACAUCAUGUCUGCAUGUCAAUCACUGGCAGCUACUGACUAUUUAAAGCGCCACAAUGCAGUAGCUGGGAUCUUGCAUCAGGACCUUGCUCUGAAGUACCAAAUCAUCAAUAAGAAGCUGCCCUACUACUUGUACAAGCCAUCCCCAGUCUUGGAGAAUGAGACACAUAAGUUAUAUUGGGAUCGGUCGGUGCUGACAGACAGAACAGUUGCUCAUAAUAGGCCAGAUAUCAUCCUCAUGGAUAAGGUAGCCAAGGAAACAACACUAAUAGAUGUUGGCAUACCAUGCUGCCACAACUUGGACCAGUAUUAUAAUGAAAAGGUCUCCAAGUACCUUCCCUUGGUUGCUGAGAUCAAGGAUGUCUGGAUGCAAGAAAAGGUCACAAUUGUUCCUGUCAUUAUCUCCACGGUUGGAGUUGUAACUAGGAAAGUGUCAGCAAAUCUUUGUCAGAUGGGAAUAUCGAAAAGUGCAAAAUAUGCCAUGGAAAAAGCAGUUGUUCUCAGCACAGCAUCCAUUGCUACAUGGUCAAAUGUGGGGGUGAGGGAGGCAGAGGGUCUCGAAGAUGGGGCGAGGGCAGAGCCCCAUGGAGCUCGGAUAGGAGGCCCCCCCCAGCCGCAUCCCAGCCCCAACACCAGCAUGGAGCAGGCGGACCGGCUCUAUCGCCCUCUAGCCUUCGACAAGAUGGAGGGGCUGGUGCGGGAAAUGCAAGACUCAGAUACUGGUGUACCCGUUCGAAGUCAAAAACAGUUCCUCACCUCCAUACCCUCCGCCUUCACAGGAUAUGAUCUCAUAGAAUGGCUCAUGGAACGCCUUGACAUUGAAGAAUCUGUCGAGGCAGUCCACAUAGCCAACCAACUGUGCCAGUAUGGUUACUUCUUCCCUGUAAAUGACUCAAAAAACUUGGUUGUCAAGGACGAUGGAUCACUCUACAGGUUUCAGACCCCUUAUUAUUGGCCCUGGCAACACCGAAGCCCUGAUAACAUCGAGUAUGCAAUCUAUCUGGCUAAACGCACUCUACGUAACAAGCAACGACACGGCCUUGAAGAACAUGAACUGGAAGCCCUCACUAGCCUCAAAAAGAACCUACAAAACAAAUGGGAUUUUAUUAGUAUGCAAGCGGAAGAACAGGUGAGGUUAUCGAAAGAUCGAAAAAAAGGCGAGAAGAUCGUGGGUGACAGCCAGGAGAGAGCGUAUUGGAGGGUGCACCGCCCCCCUCCCGGCAUGACCAGCAGUCUGGAGCCAGUUCCCAUCAGGAAUCGAGGCGGCACCGCUCCUAGGAAACGACGCGACUCUCAGGACCUCAGGAGAGAGGUGGAAUUUCUUCGUUACUCUCUGAACAAAACCAGAAUCAAAGUAUCCCAAGCCCUUGAUAGUCAUCUUCAACACUGUGAAACCUAUUUGGAAUAUGACCCCAUUCUAACAGGCGCCCAACCUUCCAAUCCUUGGCUCACCGAAGAUCCAGCCUUCUGGACCUUCAAUAGUCCUAUAGUUGAAACACCAACAGAAAAACGAGUGAAAAAGUGGGCAUUAUCAAUGGAAGAUCUAGUUGCGGACCAAACAGGCCUCCAAGAAUUCACCAAUUACCUCAGGAAAGAAUACAGUCAUGAGAACAUCAGGUUUUGGAUGGCUGUAAACGAUCUCAGGAGAAGCUCCCAAUCACAAAUCACCACUAGGGUACAAGAAAUCUAUGAAGAGUUUCUAGCCCCCGGAGCGCCGUGUGAAAUAAACAUAGACAGCAAGACAAUGGAGAGGACACAGAAUGAGAUGAAAAGCCCGAGUCGCUUCACAUUCGACUCUGCCGCCGAGCACGUCUACACGCUGCUGCUAAAAAAGGACUGCUAUCCGCGAUUCAUCAGGUCCGAGCAUUUCAAAAGCCUCCUAGCAACUGGCAUACAACCGUCUGCCAAGAAACGAAUAUUCUUCGGUUUUGGCGGCCCGGGAAAGAAGAAGAGCUCGACGAGCAACCCACCCAAUCUGAGUGGCCUGCAGGCGGGCGGAGCGAGCUCUACGCAGGCGAGCGGAGCGGGUAGCACUUCCAUGUCGAAGCGCAGAGGCAGCGACCGUAGUCUGACUGGCUCCGCCCAUGAGUUGGCUGUCUCCGGCAUACAUCGCGACAGGACAGUCGGCCACUCUCACAGCCAGUCCAACCUCAGCGAUAUUCCUUACAGGGGAGACCUUCCUAAUCAAUCUAAGGCCUCUUCUACAGUUUGGUCAAGUCUAGACCCCCCGGGUGGCGGAGGUGCGUCAUCGGACGAAGGCACGUUGGAGACGAAACGCGGGGACGACGUGUGUCCGUGGGACACGGCCGCACCGGCUGGCGGUGGCGGGACGGGAACGGGAACGGGAACGCCGGUCGCAGCCGACCGCAAACGACUCGUGGCCGGGUCAUCUCUGGUGGCCGCAGACGACACCGCGGUCACCUGUCCCUGGGACACCCUCGGACACCCCUCCUCGCGCAAGAACUCCAUGCAGUUUGACUCUGGCAGUUCGUCCUCCGAGCUCAGUCUGGCCGUUUCCACCGAGCUUUCCGACAAACUCAGGAAGUCUGGAAAUCUUCAGGACAGAUUCGGACGGCGAUCAUCGUCCUGCACAGUGAAAACGCCGGACACCCGGCCUUCGGUCUCGUCGUGCGAGGACUUCCCGGCGGCCUGCACGCCACACGUGUCGUUCGACGAGCGAGACAAGGACGCGUCGGCCGGCCACGAAGAGCCGCCCAAGACACGCAAGAAGUCCGUGAGCGGGACGCCAAGCAGGAAGCAGUCGACCACCAUCGCUCCCGUCAUCAGUGUCAGUCCCGUCACUGACGGUGCCUUCCUCGCAUCUUGCAGCACCGCCGCCACUCUCUGUGUCCCAGAGCAGAACGAGGACGAGGAGGAGGCUGAGAAGAACAGUGAGGAGGAGCGGAGGAAUGAGUCCCGGAAGGCAUCAGUAGUGGCAGGCGAGUGGAGUGCAGCUGACGAUUCACAUGGUCCUGCACCUACAUCUACACCCACACCUACACCUGCACCUGCACUGGCCUCAGUGGCCGAGGAGCCAUCUCCCCACCAGUCAACCAAGCCGCAGCCUGAAAACAGCAAACCUGGCAAAAACACUGACAUCUGCCCCUGGGAAGACGAGGAAAGCUGUAAGGUUGAUACUCCAUUUGUGAAGACUUAUGCAACACUAGGAUAUUUGUAACAAACAAAUUUUCGUCCCAGCUUACUUAUAUUGUGCGAUCGCAUCUACGAACUCAUUUUUCUCAAUGGAAUUUUUUGUCAAAGUUGAAUUUUUUUCAAUGGAUAUUGAACUAUGAACAUUCAGUGAAUCGAAAUACUACUUAAUUCGUGUAGGAACUUAUUAUCAUCAGUAAAAAUUAUCAUUAUCCGUGCUAUCUGAUUCAAAAUCCUUGUAUGUGGAGCUUUACCAUUUUCAAGUGAAGAAAAUUCACAAUUCUUAUUUAUCCAAUCAUAAUAAUUUAUCAAAUAAAAAUACUUGUAACGCAUAAAUUGAACUAACACUUGGAAAUAGAUGACCAGAGAACGAUUUAGUUUUGAAAAACCUGCAUAUGUCACACGUCUAAUAAUUUCGAAAACUAAUAAAAAUUGUACGAGUAAAAGACUUCUGCUACCAGCUACUAAUAUUGGACUAUCUCAUGCCACAAAGUGACCAGGAAAUGAAUAUCAGUACCGUAGUGAAAAAAAUCGUUAUAACAUAUAAAUCAAUGCACCCCUCCUCAAAAAAAAAAACAUAAUAUAAAAUUAUUAUAAUAUAUAUCAGUGACUAUGAAUGAAGAUGAAACGUUUGAAUAUUGAUUCCACAAUAUUCUAUGUAUAAUAAGAUGUUCAAAUUUAGACAAUACUAUGAUGAAAAUCAUCAAUGCUGUUCAUAAACAACUUGAUAAUAUAAAUAUAACAAUUUGUUUCAGAGUUUCCAGAAUAAUAAUUGAUCUAUAGAACUAGAACGAGUUAAUAGCGAUGAAAUCAAAAAUGUUCAUGAUUCAACCAAUAAUAAACCCCUACGAGUAUAGUAAUUCAACUACUAAUUUAUGAUAGUCCAUAAAUUGGCGAAAGCGAUCUGCUGAACUAACAAAUCUAUCAUAUGAUUUUAUGGAUAUAAUAUCGGUUGAUAUCAGUAAUAAUUUGAAGGCUAAUUUGAAACGUGAGAUGGUUAAAGGUUUUAGUUUUAUUAGACACUAGCUCGGUUGCACAAAAUCUUGUUCAAUUUUAACCGUGAUCAAAUGCCACGAUAAUCAAUCAGAGGAGCCUUCUUGCCAAAAGAGCCUUUUCUGAUUGGUUCUCGUUACAUUCAAUCAUUAUUAAAAUUUAACAGGUUUUUGUGUAACUGUGCAACUGACUCCCAAUAACAAUAUUAUGAUGUUAUUUUCAAAGUUUGUCUGAGUUUGGAGUUUAUUUAUUGAAUUAGUGGAGCGGAGUGAAAUGUAGUAGGGAGUCCAAGUGAUGUAAUGGUACAGCCCUGUCAUUGUGUGAGGAGAGACAUUCACUGAGCCCUUGUCUCGACUCCACUGAUGACGGGCGCAGGUGGCAUUGCAUCCAACUUCUGACUCCUUUUUGACCCAACAGUAACCAGUGAGGCAUUAGAACAAAAUUAUAACUCAAAAAUACAAUCUUAAUUAUAUAUUCAAAUGCAAGGUUGGAGAAAUUCAUAAUUUUAAAAGGAAAAUUGAGAAGCUAAAAAAUAAAAAAGUAGCUAUUGAUAAGCUAUUGAGUAGGCCUAUUCAAUAAGGCAUUUCAGAUGAAAACGGAGUUAUAAAUAAAUCAUAGAUAGGUCUAUCUCUGUUAUGAGGCUUCCAAAAAUAUCUUCAAAUUAGGCCUAUGUGAUUUUCUUGAGUAUUCAAAGAGCAAAAUGGGAGAAUUUUAAGGUCGUUCCAGUGAUUUAUAAAACAAGAUGUCUGAAAAAUUCAGUGAAUUUGAUUGAUAUAGAGAGGAGUCUCUUGAAUCUCAUGGUUCAGAUAGUUUGUAUCCUCGCACCUCAGUGAGUCACUAUGAAGAAAAGUCGUCCACUCCCCAUAAAGCUACUAAUACAAAUUACAGUAGGCCUACUCCAGCAUCGAUCGCCAGUGAAAUGUAGCCCAUGGCCGCCAUAUAACAUUAUAUGCUUUCAAUAUUAUCAACUGGUAAUGAAUAGAAAAUUUACUUAACUGGUAAUGAAGAGGGUCCAUUUAUUGAACAAAUUUGACAUUCAUUAUAUUGAAUCACUUUUGUGUGAAAGAAACGUUUAUCAGCUAUCAUCAUUGGAAUCUCAAACAAUAUAAAAUUAUUAUCAUUGAUGUAAGCUAUAUCUUGAAGUAAAUCUUAUAUCACUAUAAUAUUCAUAGAAAAUGUCUGCUUAUAAAAAAAAUGUGUGUUGGUGUCUUAUAAUCACUCUCUAUAUUAUAAGCUAUAGUAACUAUUAUUAUGGUUGCCAUCAGUAAUCAUAAUAAUGUAUCGUUGUAUUACUGUUUAUCUCAUAUCUUAACUACAUAAAUAUUAGAGUAUAUGUAUAUCUAUUCAAAUAAGUGUUAGGUGAGGUGAAUGUUACUAGGAUAAUGUCAUAAGAAUAAUUAUUAUAAUAUAUCAUAUCGUUGUUAUUGCCAUCUCUUAUUAGUGUGUAGCGCUACAUUCAAUGGUGAUAGCUAAUUCUAAAAAAAUAAUCCUCAAAUUUCCUGUUGGGUCAAAAAUCGUACAUUCGUCAUUCCAAUAAUUCUAAAGAUGUGAAAUUUAUUUGAUUCAUUCAUAAUCAACGUAGGUUAUAUUAUUUUAGGGCUGGGAGUUGAAAUUCAUUCAAAUGAAUUACGGCAUGAAUAGUUAGUUGUUCAGCGAUUUGGAUCGAUAUUGGUGCAAUACACAAAUAUAUUCAUGUAGGGGUGUUCAAAUAUUUUAUAUAUCUUUGAGGAAAUAUUAGGAAAAAAUGUUACAAUAUUAUUCUGUUAUGAAUUCACCUCGAUAGUACAGUGAUAUUUUACAAUGAUAUUUCGCGUUCUCUAUUUUAACCAAUACGGUAUUACAUUGUCGUAGAACACCUAAAUAAAAUGGGAAUAGUGAUAAAACGAAAUGUCCAAAUGUAAUGUUUUGACGUGAAUAAUGAAUAUAAUUGAAAAACUCUGAUCUAAUUUGAUUGGAGAUCUAAUCUCAACUGUGUGGAAAUGAAUGAUAACGAUGUGGAUUUGGUCACAAAAUAAACUUCAUGGAUGAAACUGAAUCAUGAGUGAAUUCAUGAAUGUUUCAAUCAAAAUAGAAAAACCUAUGGAAUUACACCAAUCAAUUUUCAGCUUUGAUUGUUCUUGUACUCGAAUUAGAUUCUCAGAUAUUUUGAUGUAAAUGAAAAACAUAGGUACAAAUAAUUAGCACCCCCUAACAAAAUGGAAGCUCAGAAAUAGAAGAAAUUGGAAGCUCCAAUAGUAAAGACUUGCGUAUUGCUACAAGUGUUGAUAGUUCUUGCUAAAAUUUAUUUCAUGGAUCAUAUAGACGAGAAGUUUGUCUUGAAAUGGUACUUUUCUGAUCCAUUCAAAGCUCUGGUCAUGGGAGAAUAAUUCAAAGAUUAUAUUCAUGAAUCUUCUGAAUCAGAAAUUCCAACUGAUCUUCUCAUCACUAUCUCCAAAAUUCAAACAAUAUUCAUAUAGUAGCCCACUAUUGAAAUAAUCUGAUUUUCAAAAUUAAAAUUAUUAUUCAUGCCUCUUGCAUUCCAUUGAGAAAUGAGUAAGUUAGUAAGCGAAGAACAAUAAAAAUUCUCGAUUUUCUUCCGUACUAUUUAUUAUUAAUGAUUAAUUGUAAUAAAGUACUUGAAGUGUUCCAGUUAUGUAGAUAAAAAGACUGAAAAUUAAAUUUAAAUAAAACUAUUCGAAGAAAAGAAGUUUUUACAUAAGGUGUAUUUCGAAAUUAACUAUGGAAUGUUUAUUCACGACGCGACUCUCAACAAGGAAGCAGUUGAAAUUCACAGUGGUUUGAAUCAGUGUGGUUAUUGUAACUAAGAAUAGUGUUUCAGAUUUUUCUAAUUAUAGUUUUUGACUUCUGUAUCAACUUGAGCUUUCUGACAAUUGUGAUUAAUUUGAUCUUCAAUCAAUCAAUAUCAUUGAAACAGAUUGAACAUUUUAUGAACAAUAUUAUUCUUAUCUUUUGAAGCUACGAACUUCCAGACUUUUUUCACAAAGAAAAAUUUUGCAGGUGCAUGAGAAGUUUAAGUUAUAAAUAAUAGUAAUAGUGACUACUUUUCUGAUUGGUUAGUUUGAAAACAGUGAACAACUUGAGAGUUACGGUAAUAAUUCAUGGAAUACAAGUAUAUUUUGUAAUUUAAAUUUAUUGACUAUUAGUUCCUUUGAUCUCAUCAAACUUCAUGAGAGGAUAGGCCUACAUACGAUCUAGAGAUAGAGAGCUAUAUUGAUUCAGAUUAAGUUGAGUGAAUGAAACACUAAGGUCCUUCAUGAAUUGAGAGUUCUCAUCCAUCAGUAAAUUGGAUUCAUUUCCUAAAAAUUACAAACAAAAUGUAUGUAGUAUGAUUACUAAAAAAAAACCAAAGUAAGUUCUAGUCGUUAGUGUCAUUUGACUCUAGUCAAUAUUGCAAUUAAUACUAUUCAAGAAUUAUUGAGAGCUAACGAAAAAAUGUAGGCCUAAAACAAGAUUGAAUUUGUGCCCUAGUAUUUAGAAUUAGGGUAUUUAUCUUGAUCUCAUACAAAAUAAUCUAUUCUGAAAUCGAAAUAGGCCUACUCAUAUUCUCAAAGAGGCUAUUAACUAUAAGGAAACUUUUAAACUUAUUUUCAAAACUAAAUACUCAGUUGCAGUUGAAAUUGUUUCUAAAAAAACAAUGAUUAUCCUAUCAAAAUUCGAAUAUCCUUUUCUGGAGAUAUUUUGCAUCAUUAUUUUUCGUCACUACCAAAAAUACAGUCAUAAUAUUAGUGUCUUCUCAAUUCUGUAUUGUUUUAUUUUUAUGAAUAAAGCCAAUGCUACUCAAAGGCCUAAUAUAAUACUUUGAUCUAGUCACUGUGAACAAGUAAGACAAUACUCAAUUUCUCUUUCAUUCUCAAGAACACUAUUUUUUGUGCUGGUAACAUCCAUAUUGAUAUUGAUCUAAUUUUUUUUCAUUUUGAAUCAUAAGGAAACUAGAUAUAAUCAAAUACUCAAAUGGUGAGUGGUUGGAGGUGGACAUGUCUAUCAGGGCUUGACUUUCCUUGAAGGAGUUUUUCAAAAUCAGAAAUUUAAGAGUUGCUGCUGACCAUUCUAUUAUGAUUGCAAGGUGAUACUUGUACUGUAAUAAUGAGAAUUAUCUUAAAUUUCCCUCAUAUAAAUUAUGAAUUCCUUAAAAAUUGAAGUGAUAUAAUAAGGGAUGAAAUUUUAAAAAUGGCUUCAACUAAUACUUUACACAUUUCUAGAUACACCUUGCGAAUCUAGAAGUUUUGCCUCAACUGAAAAAUGAUAUAGUAUAUUCAUCUUUGAAAAACGUGUUGAAUAUGGAGAACAAUAACAUUGAUAUAAAAAAUCUGAUGAAGAUUGAAACUUUUAAUCAUAGUUAAUAUUCCAUGAUCUUAUUUAUACGAUUAGUAUUCAAAUAAUGCAUAAUAUUGUAUACAUUUUCAGGCGGAUUGAAACUCCACAUAUAUUAUCAAGUGUAAGUGAUAAUAAAAUAAUACUUAUCAAGCCAUUAAGAGCUUAAGCCAUCUUGUAAGUAUGAUAAUUAUAGAUUAUAGAACAUGACAAGGAAACUUCAUUGUUUUAAUAUGAUAGUGAAGUAACGUAACUAAAUUUGUGAUAAAUUAUGUCUCCAAAAUAAAUAUUAUGAAGUAUUAUUGAUUUUUUCAAAAAUUAAAUCAUUUCAAUUUGUAGUUCAACUCAAACAUCAUUAUCAAUGUUAUAAUUAUUAUCUUUGUCGCUUAUUUAAUCAUAAUAUUUAUACAAAAUUUAUACAGAGUAUUAAAACCAUUUGCUUCUUGAUAGAAAAGUUUGUAAAUAAGUAAAGGGUGUAUUUAUUAGCUCAUACAAAAGCUUUGAAGAUAAAUUUUAGAAAAUAUGAUAUAUUUGAUUGUUGUAAUUUAAGAAGAAAUAUUUUUAAGUUUAUCUAUUAGUGAGUAAUAAGUAGCUUACUUUUACAUGAAUCAAAUUAUAAAAAAACAAUUCUAUUUGGAGGUUCCUUCCCAUUUCAAUAAAGAACCUACUGAAAAAUUAACGAGAAAAAUACAAUCAAAAAAAUAAAAAAAAUAAACCAUCUUGAGCUGAUUAUUGGAAUAGAAUUGACAUUGUUUUUAUUUAUUAAAUAUCUAAUGAAAAAAAUUCUCUUCUCGAUGGUUUUUUUGAACUCUUUCUUGGAAGAUUAUGGAGGGGGUGGUUAUGUUCGUCAUUGAAUUAUAAGCAGAGGUUCGUAAGAUCCAAGUGCUCAAGCUGGUAGCUGGUGUAUCCAUAACAACUUAAUAUACGGAUUGUAACUGGCGUACAUAAGAAUGGCUGAAUAGUUCUGUCAUUUUAUUGGAAGUGAACUUCUAAAUUGAAUUGAAGUCCUAGUUUCAAAAUCGUGAUUAACAUUAGAAUUUGUGGCUUUGGUCGUUGAUGAAGCCAGUACUUAUAUAACUGGUCGUUUGUUAUAUUCAAUAGAACUUGCAUUGUGACAUUUAUAGUCUAUUUAUUACACAGAGGAAAAAAUAAGAGCUUCUUGUAAAUAGCAUUAAAUGAGAAGUGUGAGAUAAUAGUUUUGUGUUUCUCAUAAUAUAGAGUUUACAUUAGAAUUCGAUAUUUUGUUAUGUUUCAUUAUGUUUACGAGAUUUAUUGAGAUAUUUAUCAUUCAACGUGAAAAAAUUUGUCAUUAUUACAUUGAUGAUGUAAAUUGUAGAUUUUAGAGAGAAAUUGUUAUAUAAAAUAGAUUAUGUUGAUACUUGAA